UUUUAUCCAUUCGCGCCACAAGAAACGAAUCGAAGCCCUCAGUCCUCUGAGACCAGCAAAAAAUGGUUCUUUGGCUGCUCUCAGCUCCGCCGUCAGUUUCCGUCGUCACAUGCCGCGCCACCCCCUUCACAGUCCGCACUCCACCACCUCCACAGCUACAAACACAACCACCGCCACCACUUCCUUUGCCACCAAACCCUAAUUCAACACCUUUACCCUCCUUAACCUGUGCCCUCCAAUGUCCUCACUUCAAUUCGUGUUCGGGUUGUACCCACGAGUACAACCUCCACCGUCCGGUCAUCCUUGACGAGGCUACCAAUUUCUUCAAGAAGCUAGGUAUCUCUGAUUUCACCUUUGAUACUUGUAGACUGUGGGGAUGGAGAUGCCGUGCAAAGCUCGCUGUCCGUGGUUCGUCAAUUAGUCCUAUGAUUGGACUCUAUGAAGAGGGUACUCACAAUGUUGUGGAUAUUCCUGAAUGUAAAGCUCAUCAUCCAAGCAUAAAUGCGGCGGUCGAACUCUUGAAACGAGGUAUAACUGAGUUGAACAUUGAGCCAUAUGAUGAAGAUAUGGGGACAGGUGAACUGCGAUAUGUGCAGAUGGCUGUGACAACGUACAAUACAUCCCUUCCUGCCUCUGAAAGAUAUAGAAAUGGUAAAGUGCAGGUUUCUUUGGUUUGGAAUUCAAGAAAUGAGAACUCACCCAGCUCAGCAAAAUUAAAUGCUUUGGCUCAAUUCUUAUGGAGAAAUGGUGGGCCAAGCAGGAAAGUCCAUUUAAUUCAUUCUAUUUGGGCUAACUUUCAGACAUCAACCAACAAUAUAAUUUUUGGGAAUAGAUGGAGGCAUCUUUUAGGAGAAAGUGACUUUUGGGAACAUGUUGGAGGAAUUGACGUUUCCUUGGCUCCAUCCAGUUUCGGUCAAGCAAAUACACGGGCUUUUGAUUCUUUGCUUCAGAAGUUACAGAAGAAUGUCCCAUUUGGUGCAUCAGUUGCUGACCUCUAUGCCGGAGCUGGUGUUAUUGGAUUAUCAUUAGCCUCCACAAGAAAAUGCAGAUCUGUUAAAUGUAUUGAGAUUAACAAGGAGUCAAAACUAUCUUUCGAGAAGACAGCCCAACGAUUACCAAACUCUGUAGAUAGCAGCAUCAGCUGGCACCUUGCUGACACUUCAAUUGAUCCACUUUCAUGGCUUGUGGGAUCAGAUGUUGUUGUGGUUGAUCCUCCAAGGAAGGGACUGGACCCAUCUUUGGUGAAUGCAUUACGGUCUAUAAAAUCAUUGGAAAGCAAAGCAAAGUUGCCUGAAAGUCCCUUAAAGGUCAAAGAUGAGAAGAGACCAUGGGUACUACGUGCAAGAGAAGCUUCAGUUCAGAUUCAGAGCAAAACAGCACAGGAGGAAAGCCAGUCACUUCCUCAAACUCUUAUUUAUAUAAGCUGUGGAUGGGAGAGUUUCAAGCAGGAUUGCAUGACAUUGCUGUCUAGUAAGGCAUGGCAUUUGGACAAGGCCCAUGGUUUUAAUUUCUUCCCUGGAACCCAGAGUAUUGAGGUGUUGGCCGUGUUUAAAAGAGGCCCACAAGUAAGCCUCAAGAAAAAGAAAUCAGGAAAAAAGAAGAAACCCUCAUAAAGAGCAUUUAGUCAUUGAUGCAGCAUUGAAGUGUCAGUAACGUCCAAAUGGUAAGAGUCAGGAAUAGUUUGCAUGAACAAGAAAAGCACGAGGGAGGAACAAUGCAGAACUAAAUGUGUUCAGAGAUAAAACGGAGAAAACGAAAAAUGACAUCUCUUUCUCUCUCUUACUGGUGAAAAAGAAAUUUUUGUAUUAUUGGUUGAAUUUAUAAUAUGAAAUUCAUAUUGAAAGAAGUUUUACAUA